AAUUACAUGAUCACCAUGGUUACGCUGUUUCAAGUAACAAGCAGAGAACAAGAAGAACAAGCUCAUGCAGCCGAGUUUGAGCUAAUAGUGGCGAUGUUCAGUGAUCACUACAUCAGACAACGGGCUGCAAGCUACAGAGGCUCUAAGAGGGACCCUCCUACACAUGCAGAAAGUACCCUAUCCCCACCUGGUUCAGCAGCAGCAGCAGGCCUUGGUUGCAAGUCAAAGAUUACACUCUCUCAAAAACAGCAAUUAUUUAUACCUCCAAACGUCAAGAGCCAUUUGAACUCCAGACGAUGCUCGAAUGCCGCUGGUGCACAGAAGAUUAAUCCAAGGCAACCUCCAUCAAGUCAACAGAGACACAGUGUACCUACGGUAAUGAUGAGCACUAGACUGCCUGUUGUGUACAGUCCACGUCAUUCCCUCUCCACUGGAUCACGUACGAAAAAAAGUUCUUCAAGUCCAUCAAAACCCAACUCUUCAAGUCGACCAAGUUCAUUGAAACCUAACUCUUCAAAACAAUUUCCCUUUGUUUUGCACAGAGAUAGUUACGAUGUUGAUCAUAGUCCCAGAAUGUCUCUAUCUCCUAAAAAGCGCUCAGCAGAUAGUAAGUGCCAUACUUCUGGUGCCAGCUCUACAAGCACAGACUCCGUUAGAGCACAGUCAAUCCACUCCUAUCUGUACGAUUCUGCACGACCAGGUCCCCGGAGGAGAGUGUCACAGGGAGCAUCCAUAUCCACUAGUAGCCGUUCGUCCAGCUGCUCCAGUAAGGGUCGUAGGGAGCCGUGGAGGAAGAUGUCGCACACCUUCUGUAUGGGAGAGGGUCUCAUGCUGGAAGAUGACGACACGUGCAGCUAUAGUGGUAUAGGCUCGGUGGAGGACAGUGAGAGCUACAUGGACAGCUGUAGCAGGGACUAUACUGAAGCUGACCUCGACGACGACCUCACCGACCUUGACAACAGCGAUAACGAGACGCCAUUCAACGUCUCAAGUCACCAAAGUCAUGAUACACUCACCUUGGUACAAUCUGUGAGUGGGGAGUCUGACAUGGAACCAUCAAAGGGGAAGAAUCAAGCAGCGCCAGUCAAUUAUGCCAGUGACGAGUUGGUGGCUGAGGUUGAGCGGAGAAGAAAGAAAGAUUUUGGGCAAACAGAAUCGACUGAAUCUCUCCGCAAACAAUAUCGAAUCACCUCCUUGCUCAUUAGUCCUACCAAGAAGACAAGUAUUGGACCUCCUUUAGUUGAAGUGGAAGAGCCAUUGGAAUCGAAACCUAUCAGCACAGAUUCCCUAGAACAAUUACCAAACAAUUCAGGGCCUCUGAGUGAAACCACCCCAACCACACUGACCUGUGAUGAUGGAGAAAUGGACCGUCAUUGCACUCCUACUUCCUCACCUUUGACCCCCAGCAUGUUCCCAGACCACCUCCCCCAUACAAUACAUUUUCCACUACAAGACGAGCCGUACACCCCCCUGCCGAAGGAAUCCCGUGCCCUGCUCAAAUGGAAGGUGUGCAGCCUCACUCCCAACAUCGUCAAGAAAUGCAUUUCCAGAGUGGGAUUCACCAAGAUUACCAAGGGUUCAGCAUGGUUAGGCUACUGGGGCAAGCACAUGAAGGUGGAGUCCUUUCGGCACCUCAGAGAAUAUCAAAAGUUCAACCACUUCCCUGGGACGUUUGAGAUUGGCCGCAAGGAUCGACUCUGGCGGAAUCUCUCUCGUCUCCAAGCGAGGGUGGGCAAGAGAGAUCUUGACUUUGUACCACAUACCUACGUCCUCCCUCAAGACACAAAGUUGCUCAAGAAAGUAUGGAACGAGAGUGCCAAACAGAAGUGGAUACUCAAACCACCUGCAGCUGCUCGCGGUAUCGGUAUUCGAGUGGUCAGUCAUUGGGGACAAAUACCAAAGAGAAGACCGGUAGUGGUGCAAAGAUACUUAUCAGACCCAUACCUGAUCAAUGGCAGCAAGUUUGACCUGAGAAUAUACGUGUACGUCUCGUGCUAUGAUCCUCUCAAGAUCUACGUGUUCAAAGAGGGACUGGCUCGGUUUGCCACGUGCAAGUACUCCUCCGCCAUGAAGCACCUCUCAAACAGAUUCAUGCAUCUCACCAACUACAGCAUCAACAAACAGAAUAGUGAGUUCACACCCAACACUGAUGAGACAGUCUGCCAGGGUCACAAGUGGGGGCUCCUAGCUCUGUGGCGCUACAUGAAGACAGAACUCGGAGUGGACACGGACAGUGUGUGGCAGUCCAUCACUGAGCUGGUCGUUAAAACCAUCAUCUGUUCUGAGCCUUCUGUGGUCUCUAAUGUAAAGGCCAAUGUCAGGACCCCAUACAGCGUCCACGAGUUGUUUGGUUUCGACGUCAUGUUAGAUCGCCGCCUGAAGCCAUGGAUAUUGGAGGUGAACAUCUCACCCAGUCUACACUCUCAGUCUCAACUGGACGUCAACAUCAAGGGUCAGCUGGUGAGGGAUCUAUUCAACAUCACUGGCUUCACCCUGCCUACCAGAGAGCAGCUCACUGGAGAGCAGUCGUCGGUCCGCUACAACCUUACAACAGAGGAGAGAGCAAAGCACUCUGCGUUUAUUCAACGAGGCCUUCAAAUGGUUGAUAGGUCUAAGGUGGUCGACUCUCUGACAGCUGAUGACCUCCACGUGAUAAUGCAAGCUGAAGAUGAGCUUUCUCGCUGUGGAGAGUUUGAGCGUGUGUUUCCAUGCAGUAACUACAACAAAUACAAGAAGUUCUUUGAAGUGGAGAGGUACUACAAUGUGCUAUUAGGAGAAUGGACUGCCAAAUACCAGAGAUGCUUUAAGAAAGGAAUGUCCCUACUUCAGAAGCAAGCAAAACUGUUAGCUAAACAAUUAAAAAAAGACUUGAAAUGACUUAUUCAACAGUUAAUUUUGUGGCAAAUCAAAUGUAUGUAGUGUUUUGGUACAUGAGAGUGUUAAUUGACUUGUGA